AUGGAGCAGCAGCUGCAACCGAUUUCGCAACCGGUAAUGACCGGAGAUGUUAGGGUUUUUGAGAAUUCUCAAAUGAUCGGAGUCAACUCCGUCAACACUGACGUGGCGACGACAGAGACAGUUGUGAAAAGGAAGCGUGGUCGGCCGCCGAGAGGAACUCUUCCGCAACCCCAUCCUCCUACGAAGAAGGUGAAAGAUGAAGAGGAUGUUUGUUUUAUUUGCUUUGAUGGUGGUUCACUCGUUCUUUGUGAUCAUAGGGGAUGUCCUAAGGCAUAUCAUCCGGCAUGUGUGAAGCGGGGUGAGGAGUUUUUCCGUGCUACGGAUAGAUGGAGUUGUGGUUGGCACCAAUGUAAUGAUUGUGGAAAAUCAUGCCACUACAUGUGCUAUACUUGUACAUAUUCCUUGUGCAAGGGUUGUACAAAAAAAGAAGUUGAUUUUGUUAGUGUUAGAGGAAACAAAGGUUUGUGUGGAACAUGCAUGAGGACUAUAGUACUGAUUGAAAACAGUGCCCGGGGAAUUAAGUGCGAAGUUGAUUUUGAUGACAAAAGCAGCUGGGAGUAUCUUUUCAAGGUGUAUUGGAUGUACUUGAAAGGAAAACUAUCUCUGAAUUUUGAUGAGGUCCUUCGAGCUAAAAGUCCAUGGAAUGGUGCUGUUCAAGUAAGUUGCAAGGUUCAGGCUCCCCAGAAAGUUUUAGGAAUUCGCAAAGUUGACAACGGUUAUGGUUCCGAGAGUUCCUGUAUAAUAAAUUCAAAUAGUCCAAUUAACAAGAAAGCUAAGGGAAAUAUUGGUGACAGUGCAUCGUACAGUGCUGGGCGCAAUGUACAAGACCUGUCCACUAUAGGAGAGUUUGGUGUUUCAAAGUACAUUUUAUCCUUUCUUCAGUCUACAGGGAUGGAACAGGCCGUCUGGCAUUAUCAGGAUCCAACUGGGAAGGUUCACGGUCCUUUUAGUAUGUCGUUGAUGCGCAAGUGGAAAGGAACUGGAUAUUUACCUCCAAAUCUCAGAAUAUGGAGUGAGAAACAAGAGGAAUCUAUAUUGUUGACGGAUGCACUGAGUAAGUGUUCCCAAAAUGUAACAUUUCCACUCAACGAUGAACAACAAUCUUUGGGGGCCAGUGUUACGGUGGUAAAUAAAGAAAACAGUCAGGAUGGUCAACAAUCUUUGGGGGCCAGUGUUACGAUGGUAAAUAAAGAAAACAGUCAGGAUGGUCAACAAUCUUUGGGGGCCAGUGUUACGAUGGUAAAUAAAGAAAACAGUCAGGAUGGUCAACAAUCUUUGGGGGCCAGUGUUACUGUGGUAAAUAAAGAAAAAAGUCAGGAUGGGCUUAACAUUGCAACAAGGAGUGAAGUUUGUGCUAACAACCAAAUUGUCAUGCCGAUUGCGGAUGAAAAGGUUGCUGAUAUUUGUACCCAAUCUAAUGAUAAAGAAUCUGUUAAGAGCAACGGUGGGCACACGCCGUCUCCUGGUUUUACUAUACAAGGGGAUGGAGAUGACUCUGCUAAGAGCAAUGGUGGGCAAACUCUGUCUCCUGGUUUGACUAUACAAGGGGAUGGGAAUAUCACUAAUAUUUGUACACAAUCUAAUGGUAAAGAUGAGUCUGUUAAGAGUAACAGUAAUAGUGGGUACACUCCGUCUCCUGGUUUGACUACACAAGGGGAUGGAAAUAUCAGUGAUGGCCAAAGUGGUCAUUUUGAAAGAAGGGAAGAGUCUCCCAAAUGUGAAGUUUCUUGCGCUGAUGUGCAACCUGCACUACCUUCAACCGCCUUUGAUGAGAAUUUGAACGAAAAACCGCCUUUGGAUAAAGUGGUGGUGGGCGGUAAUGAGAUUCAAGAAAAAUUAGAAGAGAAUGUAAAUUUGGGUUCCAAUGGGUUUUCUGAGGGUCCGGGUAAUAGUGGGCAAAGUGAUCAGAAACAAUCUGACAAUGAAGUGAAUUCCGGCCAAUAUGUAAAUUUGGGUUCGAAUGGGUACUCUGAGGGUCCGGGUAAUAGUGGGCAAAGUGAUCAGAAACAAUCUGACAAUGAAGUGAAUUCAGGGCAAUCUUCUAGUCAGAACUGGAGAGCCUCUGAUGUAAUUAACUCUGAUAUAGUUCAUCCACCAAUGGAUGCCCCUUCAUGGCUGGCUGCCAUCUUUGGCGAAACUGAUUCAGUUUCAGAUCUGUUGGAACAGUUAGAGGCGAAUGAGAAAGGUGGUGAAUUGGAGUCUCCUGCAGGAAUAAUGGAGUGGGAUGAUGAUUUGACUGAGGGUGCUAUAACUGAUUGUUUCGGUUUCGCUAAUGCAUUAAGCCCAAUGCUUGAUGGAGGUAAACUUGAUACUCUGCCCUCCUCAGGUGAUUUACAUUUACCCUCGAUUGAUUUACAUUUAUCAUCUCAACCCCAAUCCCAAUCCCAAUCCGUCGCAUCAAAGGAGCCAUUUCAGCAAGCUGAUGUACAUAAUCAUCAAGUUAUAAGGGGAGAACAAUCUUCAAAACCUUCUGAAACUCAAACUGAGCCUACUUUCCCAGGAAUUAGCUGGAAUCCAGCUGGUCAAUUUUCAUGGAAAUCAACUCGUUGA